AUGUCUGACAAUAUUAAUAAUAAUUCUUCAUUCGAUUUAUUAAUUCGAAUAUUCUAUCAAGAUGAUCGUACACAAUUUGAUAUUGAACUUAAUCAUUUAUUAGAUCUUUCACGUACACAAGAUAUGCGUUUAUGUACUGAUAUUAUUCUUCAAGCUUAUAAACAAAAUGAAUUAAAUUUUCUUGAAGAAUUACUCGAUCGAGAAGUUAUUUAUAGUGGUAUACCAAAUUUAACAAUACUACAUGCUGCAUCAGGUUAUGCAUUAUCAAAACUAGUUAAAUAUCUACUUGAUGAACGCAAAGCAGAUCCAAAUGAAACAUGUACAUUUGUGAAAAAUGAUCAACUCUCUGGUAUUACUCCAUUACAUUUUGCCUGUGGUAUUGGACCGGAAAAUAUUGUUAAUGAAACAACUGAUACUGUAAAAUAUUUAUUAGAAGCCGGUGCUGAUGUUAAUCUAGUCACAUCACGUCACGAUACAGCUUUACAUUGGGCAUCUAAAUUUACUAAUGAACAUGUUGUUCAAUUAUUACUUCAAUAUAAAUCUAAUAUCAAUGCAAUCAAUAGUUUACAAUAUACUCCUCUAUGUGAAGCAUGUUUUUAUGGUAAUUUUGAAAUUGUUAAAAUACUUGUAGAAAAUGGAGCAAGUGUUAAUGGAAACCAAAAUGAUGAAAGAUCUCCAGUUCAUCUUGUUUGUCGUGGUUUAUUAAGUGAACAUAAUGCACGUCGUAUAAAUCCAUCAAAUGAAACAAUUAUUGAAAAACUUGAAGAACGUCUUGAAAUAGUUAAAUAUUUAUAUUCACAUGGUGCAUCAAUUUAUACAUUUGAUCGUGAUGGUCUUACACCAUUUAUGUAUGCAUGUUCAAGUGGAAAUUAUUUACUUGUAAAAUAUUUACUAGAUGAACAAAAACCUAUAGAUGAUACAUCAACAUUAAAAAUAAUUAAUGAACGUUCAAAUACAGGUGAAACAUGUUUAAUGUAUGCUAUUGAAUCGGGUAAUUUAGAUAUUGUUACACUUUUAUGUAAAUAUGGAGCUAAACUUAAUGAUCAAAAAAGUCCAUCAUAUGUAACAGCUGCAGCUUUUUAUGGACAUACAGAUAUACUUGAAAAAUUAAUUCAAAUGGGACUUGAUAUUAAUGAAUUUGAUCAAAAUGAGGAUGGUGUUAUUUUCAAUCCUAUUUAUGCUUGUUGUCAUUGUGGAUCAGUCGAAUGUCUACAAUUAUUACUCGAGGGUAAAGCAAAACUUGAUUGGAAAACAAGUCAAGGAACAAAUCCUCUUCAUGCUGCUUGUUAUUCAGAUAAAUGUUCAGUAAAACUUGUCGAACUUCUGUGUCAAUAUGGAGAUUUUGAUUUAAAUGAAUGUACAAAUUCAGGUGAAACACCACUUCUUAUGGCUAUUGAACGAAAUGAUUAUGAAUUAGUCGAUUAUUUAUUACGACAAGGUGCCUAUCCUGAUCGACCUAAUCAUGAUGAAUGUUAUCCAAUUCAUCUAGCUUGUUUUAAUGGACAAGCAAAUAUUAUCUAUUUACUUCUAGCAUUUAAUGCAACUAUUGAACAGUCAAAUGAAAACUAUCCACAUCCAUUAGUGAUUACAACUUAUAAACGAGAUUUAGAUUGUUCGAAAUUACUUAUCGAAUCACCAAAAUGUUCUGAUCGAAUAGUUCGUGAAGUUUUAAUUGAAUCAAUCGAAAAUGGUUUUGAUGAAUUAAUUAGUGAAAUACUUCAUAUACGACCUCAUCUUAUACCAGAUGAUCUUAAAGAUAAAAUGACUGAUACACUUCUCGCACUCGAACAACUUAAUAUUGAUUCAUCAGCUUAA